CAAACACAAGAUGGUCAAAUCCAUGGCUACUAUUUUCCUCAUUUUCUUUUCCGCAAUUGUAGCCACGGCUCAAAACUCUGAAGAUGUAAGUUGGGCCAAACGGGUUGACACGGGCUCACAAGUCGUAACAACCUUACAAUUCUACUUCCAUGAUACAUUGAGUGGUAGCAAUCCUAGUGCGGUCAAGGUUGCUCAACCACAAUCAUCAUCCUCUAACUCACUUGGAGGGUUCGGUAACCUAAUGAUGAUCGAUGACCCUUUGACCGAGGGACCAGAUAAGAAUUCUAAGCUCAUUGGACACGCACGUGGAAUGUAUGGUCAAGCGGCCCAAAAUGAGCUAGGGUUGAUUAUGGUUUUAAACUAUGGUUUCAUUGAUGGGAUAUAUAAAGAUAGCUCGUUUAGUCUUUUGAGUUUGAACCCGGCUAUGCAAACGGUUCGUGAGAUGACCAUAGUUGGCGGAACUGGACUUUUUCGUCUAGCUCGUGGUUACGCAUUGGCUCAAACAUAUUGGAUUGAUCCUACUACCGGUGAUGCAAUUGUAGGAUACAAUGCAACAGUUGUAACUUAUAUUUAAGAUUUUAAGGGUUGCAAUCUUUUCUUUUCUCUUUUUUUAUUAAUGUUUGUUUUUAGUACCAGGUGUA